GUAAGAUUGAUAUAUAAAGGCGCGAUGCGAUUUGGACGUUCGUCAUAAGUUUUCAAACACUCGACUACGUGCAGAAUUCAUAAUUUUCCAACACCGGCAAUCAUGAAGACUCCGAUUGUCUUCGCCAUCUCUCUUCUCGCUCUUGCGAUUUUCGUUAACGCAAAGCCCCACCACGAUGACACGAAACCUCCGAUCUUGGGUGCCAUAGAUACUUGCUUGAAUAAACUUGGCCUAACUAAAGCCCAAGUAAAGGAACAGAUAAAAAAUCGUAGCAUUGAAAAAGAGGAUUGUUUCGGCGCCUGCAUCGAUAAGGAAUUGGGCGUAAUGACAGCGGAUGGAAAUAUCGACAAAGCGAAGGCAGCCGAGAAUCUUCCACGUUUCGUAUCGCCGGAAAAUGCUACAAUUAUAGCCGAAGCUUGCCACGAAGAGAAGGGAGAAAAUGAGUGCGAGACCAGCGCCUUGUAUCGCAAAUGCAUCAGGGAACACGUACCCCGUCCACCAUUGAAGCCAGAAAUGCAAAAGGUCCACGACGACUGUAAAGAAAAACUUUCCAUAACCGAGGAGGAUAUCGAUGAAUUAGAGAAGGUGAGGGACGAGGCGGAUGAAGACUGUUUUCUAGCUUGCAUCGGGGAGGGUAUCGGAUACCUUGAUGAGAACGGACACCCCCUCGUGGAAAAAGCUGUCGAGAGAGCACCGCAUUGGGCAAAAAAAGAAGACGUUGAAAAGUUCAUGAACGAAUGUGCUUCACAAGUUGCAGUUGGGGAUAACAAAUGCCAGAAUGCAGUUAAAUCAUACCAGUGCUUCGUUGAGAAGGAUCUCAUUCAUGGCCACCAUUACGGUCGCUGGCGCAUACGUUAUUAAAGAAAAUAUCGACAUUUCGCUUCAAAAAAUAUAAUUAUUGAAAGAUCUACACAUCCCUAAUGUGAGAAACAGUAUUAAUUGUAGAUCCUGCCAAGUGUUAGGCGGAAUGUCCUUGAAAUUGAUUAUUCUUAAGUUUUUCGUAUGUAAGUGAAGAAAAAAAAAAUCAGAUUAACUUGAUAA